GAAAACGGCUUUUCUGCAGGUUCUGGGCGUCGCAAUCAGCUGGCCAUUCAAUAAAUGGAUUGGUUUUAUGAAAGAAAAUUGUUAAAAGAUUUAAUUUAAUUACAAUAAACAAAAAUAUUUAAUUCUAAAAUAAUAACUUAACUACAAUUAGUAAAACCAUAAACAAAAUAAUAAAAAUAAUGACAUUUUUAAACAACGGUACUGCUUACAUUUUUUGGCGCGUCUGUUUCAAUCCGCCAUAUUUGCCAAUCACGGUUUGACCUUGCGUUGUAACUCUGCGAUUUAGAGCCGCCAGCUAAUUAUGCACCGGGGCAUCGAUCAGCAACUUCUACCAAAAUGGGCACUGUUUUUGAAGAGCUGUCAGCAGACCAGACUGAAGCAGGCACUAGUGAGAUCGAGAGCCUGUGUAUGAACUGCCAGAAAAAUGGCACAACUCGACUUCUGCUCACCAAGAUACCGUUCUACAAGGAAGUCAUUCUCAUGUCCUUUGAGUGUCCAGAAUGUGGCUACAAAAACAAUGAAAUACAGUCCGGCCAGGAAAUCCAGGAUAAAGGAAUAACCAUCAAGCUGGAGCUGAAGUCUGCUGAGGACAUGAACAGGACCGUGGUCAAGUCUGAAUAUGCCAUCAUCUCAGUACCAGAACUGGAGCUGGAAAUACCAAAUACUGUCAAAAAAGCAGAGGUGACCACCGUGGAGGGCAUACUGAGUCGAACGGCGGACGACCUGGCGUCCGAUCAGCCCGUGCGGCGCGCCCUGGAUGCGGACGCCGCGGACAAAAUUGACCAGUUCAUCGGCCGACUGAAGGACGUUAUUGAACUCCGCACGCCGGCCACGAUGGUGCUGGAUGACCCGUCUGGUAACAGCUACAUCGAGAAUCGCCUGGCUCCGGCCGCCGACCCCCAGUUGCACACCACUCACUACAGUCGCAGCCGGGAGCAGGACAAGGCGGUGGGCAUCACACCGAGCUACGAUAACUACGACUUUACAGACGGAUCACAGAAACAGGAUCCUGACCCGGAUAGGGUGGACCCGGACAAUGUCACCCCCGAUAUGCUGAAGGGAGAGGUGCUCACGUUCCCCACCAACUGUCCGUCGUGCACAGCGCCCUGCCAGACCAACAUGAAGGUCACAGGUCAGUCAGAUGAGUCACAGUCGAAGUUACAGGUCGGUUUGACGGGUGACAGGGCGUUACAGGUCAGUCGGACGUGGUUUCAGUGAAAAUGAUCACUGGUCAGUCAGGUGGAUCGAACGGAGUCACAGACAGUCAGACGGGCCACGUACGAGUAUUCAUUGUGUCAUUUGUAUCUUUUCAAUACAAUUGCGGACAACAGCU